CAGUUAGUCCUGAUGGUCUAGUUGGAGGAGUCCCUGUGGGCCCUGUUGGUCUAUUUGGAGGAGUUCCUGUGGGUCCUGACGGUCUUGUUGGAGGAGUUCCUGUGAGUCCUGAUGGUCUAGUUGGAGGAGUUCCUGUCUGUCCGGAUGGUGUCAGAUCUAAUGGCCCUGUCGGAGGAGAACCUGUCGGAUCUAAUGGUCCUGUCGGUUCUGUCAGUCCCGUCGGUGGAGUACCUGUAAAAUCUAAUGGUCCUGUCGGAGGAGAUCCUGUCAGAUCUGUUAACCCCGUCGGUCCUGAAGGUCUCGUUGGGGGAGUACCUCUCGGUCCUGAUGGUCUAGUUUGGGGAGUACCUGUCGGUCCUGAUUGUCUAGUCGGAGGAGUACCUGUCGUUCUCGACGGUCUAGUUGGGGGAGUACCUAUCGGUCCAGAAGGUCUAGUUAUGGGAGUACCUGUCGGUCUCGACAGUCUAGUUAUGGGAGUACCUGUGGGUCCUGAAGGUCUAGUUGGGGGAGUACCUGUCGGUCUCGACAGUCUAGUUAUGGGAGUACCUGUGGGUCCUGAAGGUCUAGUUGGGGGAGUACCUGUCGGUCUCAACGGUCUUGUUGGAGGAGUACCCGUCGGUCCCGAUUGUCUAGUCAGAGGAGUACCUGUCGGUCUUGAUGGUCUAGUCAGAGGAGUGCCUGUCGGUCUUGACGGUCUUGUUGGAGGAGUAUCCGUCGGUCCCGAUUGUCUAGUCGGCGGAGUACCUGUCGGUCUCGACAGUCUUGUUGGGGGAGUACCUGUGGGCCCUGAAGGUCUAGUUGGGGGAGUACCUGUCGGUCCCGAUGGUCUAACAAGAGUUGUACCCGUUGGUCCUGAUUGUAUAGUUGAAGGAGUACCUGUCGGUCUCGACAGUCUUGUUGGGGGAGUGCCUGUGGGUACAGAUGGUCUAGUUGGAGGAGAACCUGUCGGUCCAGAAGGUCUAGUUAUGGGAGUACCUGUCGGUCCUGAUGGUCUAGUAGGGGGAGUGCCUGUCAGUUCUGAAAUUCUAGUUGGAAGAGUACCUGUGGGUCCUGUUUCUCUAGUCGGGGGAGUACCUGUCGGUCCCGAUUGUCUAGUCAGAGGAGUACCUGUCGGUCUUGAUUGUCUAGUCAGAGGAGUACCUGUCGGUCUCGACGGUCUUGUUGGAGGAGUAUCCGUCGGUCCCGAUUGUCUAGUCGGCGGAGUACCUGUCGAUCUCGACAGUCUAGUUAUGGGAGUACCUGUGGGUCCUGAAGGUCUAGUUGGGGGAGUACCCGUCGGUCUCGAUGGUCUAGUAGGAGGAGUACCCGUUGGUCCUGAUUGUCUAGUUGAAGGAGUACCUGUCGGUCUCGACAGUCUUGUUGGGGGAGUACCUGUUGGUCCAGAUGAUCUUGUUGGAGGAGAAUCUGUUGGUCCUGAAGGUCCCGUUGGGGGAAUACCCGUCGGUCCCGAUUGUCUAGUCGGAGGAGUACCUGUCGGUCUCGAAGGUCUUGUUGGGGGAGUGCCUGUGGGUACAGAUGGUCUAGUUGGAGGAGAACCUGUUGAUCCUGAAGGAGUACCUGUCGGUCUCGACGGUCUUGUUGUGGGAGUACCUGUGGGUACAGAUGGUCUAGUUGGAGGAGAGCCUGUUGGUCCUGAAGGUCUCGUUGGGGGAGUACCCGUCGGUCCCGAUUGUCUACUUGGAGGAGUACCUGUAGGCAUUGAUGGUCUAGUCGGAGGUGUACCUGUCUGCCCUGAUGGUCUAGUUGGAGGAUUACCUGUCCGUCCUGAUGGUCUAGUCGGAGAAGUUGGAGGAGUACCUGUCUGUCCUGAUGGUCUAGUCGGAGAAGUUGGAGGAGUACCUGUCUGUCCUGAUGGUCUAGUCGGAGGUGUACCUGUCGGCUCUGACGGUCCAGUCGGACGAGUUGGAGGAGUACCUGUCAGUCCUGAUGGUCUGGUUGUAGAAGUACCUGUCGGUCCUGAUGAUCUGGUUGUAGAAAUAUCUGUCGGUCCAGAAGGUCUAGUUGGGGGAGUUCCUGUCGGUCCUGAUGGUCUAGUUGGGGGAGUGCCUGUCGGUCUCGAUUGUCUAGUAGGAGGAGUACCCGUUGGUUCUGAAGGUCUCGUUGGGGGAGUACCUGUCGGUCCCGAUUGUCUAGUCGGAGGAGUACCCGUUGGUUCUGAAGGUCUCGUUGGGGGAGUACCUGUCGGUCCCGAUUGUCUAGUCGGAGGAGUACCUGUCGGUCUCGACGGUCUCGUUGGGGGAGUACCUGUAAGUUCUGAUGGCCUAGUUGGAGGAGUCCCUGUUAGUCCUGAUGGCCUAAUUGGAGGAGUAUCUGUUUGUCCUGAUGGUCUAGUUGGAGGAGUACCUGUCCGUCCUGAUGGUCUGGUCGGAGGUGUACCUGUUGGCCCUGAUAGUCUAGUUGGAGGAGUAUCUGUCUGUUCCGAUUGUCUAGUUAAAAGACUUUGUGUUUGCACUGACGGGGAAGUUUGUCCUGUUUGUGUAGUCAGAAAGUCGGUCAGUCCAGAUUGUAUGGCUGGCUGA